AUGGAUCCACGCGCCAGGUAUCCACCGGGCAUGGGCAACGGCCGCGCCGCAUCAGCACCACCACCACCAGCAGACAUCGGGGGCGCAUCACCACCAGCAGUACGCGCAGAGGCCGCACCAGCAGCAGCAGCAGCACCACACCACCACAGCCACAAUCACCAUCAACAACAGCAGCAGAACCACAGUCACCAGCAGCAACAGCAGCAGUGGCUGCGGCGGAACCAGAUUGCCCGCGAGGCCGCGGGCGCAGCCGUGACCAGCGAGCCGAAGACCCUGGCGCCAUCCACGGCCGCCGAUGGCGUCGAUUCGAGUUCGCAAGAUUGGAAGGCCCAAUUGAAGCUGCCGCCUCCAGAUACACGCUACAGGACAGAGGAAAGAAACUUGAUGCUGGGCUCAAUUUUUCAUUAUUCCAUUAAGAUUCGUUGCAGGACUUGUCUUUAUCCAAUUUGUUAUAUUGGUUCCCACAAGGGAAUUGGCUCUACAAACAUGACAAGUUUGCAAGGAGCUUGCUUGAAGGAUGAUAUUGUUUGUCUGUACCAACCUGUGCACUUACUUGUUGGAACACCUGGGCGUAUUUUGGAUCUUACAAAGAAAGGUGUUUGCAUUUUGAAGGACUGUUCAAUGCUUAUUAUGGAUGAGGCAGACAAGCUUCUCUCUCCUGAGUUUCAACCUUCCAUAGAACAGUUGAUUCGCUACCUCCCUGCUAGUCAACAGAUUUUGAUGUUUUCAGCGACAUUCCCUGUAACUGUUAAGGAGUUCAAGGACAACUAUCUGCCUAAACCUUAUGUGAUUAACCUUAUGGAUGAACUUACACUGAAGGGAAUUACACAGUUCUAUGCUUUUGUUGAAGAAAGACAGAAAGUUCACUGUCUCAACACCCUCUUUUCCAAGCUUCAAAUCCACCAGUCAAUAAUAUUCUGUAACUCUGUAAAUCGUGUUGAACUAUUGGCGAAGAAGAUCACAGAGCUUGGCUAUUCUUGCUUCUAUAUUCAUGCAAAGAUGCUACAGGACCACCGUAAUAGAGUUUUCCAUGAUUUUCGUAAUGGAGCGUGCAGGAACCUUGUUUGUACUGAUCUUUUUACAAGGGGAAUAGAUAUUCAAGCUGUGAAUGUUGUUAUCAAUUUUGAUUUCCCCAAGAACUCUGAAACAUAUCUCCACAGGGUUGGUAGAUCUGGGAGAUUUGGUCACCUUGGUCUGGCCGUUAAUUUGAUCACCUAUGAGGAUCGGUUUAACUUGUACGCAGAUUUGCCCACUGCAACUUUGUUGACCUUUUCUAUUCCCCACAUUGUUCUGACUGAAUACUGUUUCUGGGAACAGGACAUUUUAACCCUGUUGCUGGUUCUGGGCGUGUGGUCUGUGGGUGCUGCACACAAGCUUGUUGCCCAAGUCGAACUUGGGGAUGUGUGCCUCAGACGGGUUAUUGGGUGUGACAAGUCGGCCAUUGCACUUGAGGUAUAUGCUAGCAAGAAAUCUCAACCCGUUACUGGCUUGCCCCCGAAAAGACGAGACAUAAUCAUACACGUAGAAUCAUAUAGCUUUCGUGGAUUGUUUAUAAAUUAG